AUGGCACAGAUAGAAUUACUCGAAAUGAAACGAAAGUUUGAUGCCUUGAGAGUUGUGGAGACAGAGAAAAAAAUGAUGGUUGCCUUGUUGCAGAGAAAGGAUGAAGACUUAAAAACUCUGAAAAGCUUGCUUGAAAAUGAAAGGAAAGAAAAAAUGACUAUAAUUAAUGAAAAGGAACAUUUUGAAAAAGAAAAAGCAGAAGAAGUAGAAAGAAUUAAUAAAGAAAAUCUUAGAUUAAAAGCUGAGCUUGACAAAUUAAAUGAGAGAAUAAAAUCUAAUCAGUUUGGAGCAGCAGUAGAGAAUCUACAGGCUUGUGUUGAGCUAAAAAGGCUGAUGCUGAGCAAAGAUAGAGAUGGAUAUCAGAAACUCCUGGAAGAGCACAACCUAUUGAAAAAACAAAAUGAAAGCUUGAAGAAUGAAAUGGGUCACCUGCAAUGGCAUGGGCAUUCUAAAAGUACUCAUCAGUGUUCUUUUUAUAGUCCAAUCACUGUUAGUGCACAAGAUAAAACUAUAAGUGGUGUAUCUGACCAUGGGGAAGAUACUGAAGGUGUUCAAUUGGUUCUCAGGCUCCACCAGAAGGUAAAAGAACUGGAAAAAGAAACAAUCAAGUUGCAGAAACAAAUGGAAGAGGUAGAGAAAGAAAAAGAUAGUCCAUGUGGUGAUACAGCAUUUACACAUGUUGGUUUUAGAUUGCAGCAACUGGAAGUGGAAAAUCGAAGAUUACAUGCAAAUAUGACUAAACUUCAGCUAUCAUUCGAUGAUUGCUGUUCUAAUCAAACAUUAGAUGAUGGUCCAGGGCGAGAAGAAUUGCUAAAGCAGUACAUUCAGCUGCAACUUGAAGUUGACAGAUGGAGAGAGGAAUGCAUUCAGUUACACAGUAUUCUAGCAAAGCAAACUGAAGGUUUGAAGAAUGUUGCUAGUAUCAACUAUGAAAGUCAUGUACACUUAAUAAAUGAGGUUGUGGAGCUAGUACUGGAAUUUGAAGCACAGAAGAUAAACAGGCAGCUGGAAGAUGAAUUGCACCAAGAGAAAAAUAAGUGGCAAGCAGAAAGAGAACAACUCCAACAAGAAAAUGAGAAACUCAGAGAGGAGAAUGAUAAUCAGCACAAGCUUUUGCCUCCAAGCUUAACUAAAAGCCCACAAACUCAAACUGAGGCUUUUAUGCAGCAUGAAAUUAUAAGAGUGACUUCAGAAAAGCUGGUCCUUCAAGAAAAACUAGAUUUAGCUAAAGAGGAACUUUCACAAUGCAAGAACAGCUUAAAAUUGCAAACUGAAGUGCUGAAGGAUGCAGGGUGGAAGUAUAUUUUGAAGACCAAUAAACAGGAUGUUAAAAUUAUUCCAUAUUUUGAGAGGUGCUUGUUUUCCAGCAAAUUAGAUAACAAUGCAGAAACAGCUGAAAACUCAAUAGAGGAAGUGCUAGUGAAGAGGCAAGGUCAAAGGAAUAACAGAAGAGGGAUAAGAAAGAAUGAAAGACAUUACCAAGGAAUUUUUGAGUUUCACAAAGAGGAGAUUAGACAUAUUGUUAGGCAUGUGAUAUUUGAAUUAAAGCCACAUAUUGCUGUAACAUUACUGCCAGGAUUGCCUGCAUACACUUUGUUCAUGUGCAUUAGGCAUGCCGACUGUCAAAAUGAUUAUGAGAAAGUACGAUUACUCCUGACAACAACUAUCUACACCAUCGAAAAAGUUACUAAGAAAGGCCAUGAUGAUAUUGAUAUAAUGGUUUUGUGGCUUUCAAAUACUGUGAGACUUCUGCAUAAUCUGAAACAGUAUAGUGGAGACAAAACAUUCCAAACUGAAAACACAUCACUACAGAAUGAACAGUGUCUACAGAAUUUUGAUCUCACUGAAUACAGAGAAGUUCUUUCAGAUACAGCUGUAGAAAUCUACCAGAGUCUUGCUGGGCACAUACAAGAAAAGAUACAGCCACUGGUGGUGCCAGCUAUUCUUGAACAUGAAGAAAUAAGUGGCUUGACAAGUCAGAUAGCUAGUGGAAAGAGAGGAAGAGCUGUGUUGUCAUCAUGGGAUUCUGAGCCAUUUUUGGGUGUACAGAAGUCAUUGGAUGCACUCUUGCAGGAACUAAAUUAUAUCUAUAAAAUUAUGGGGAACCAUGGUGUUGACCCAGAACUUACUGUCCAGAUAUUUCGGCAGGUAUUCUACUUCAUCUGUGCCAUUUCAAUGAAUAACCUACUGCUCCGAAAGGAUUUGUGUCAUUGGAGUAAAGGAAUGCAGAUAAGAUAUAAUCUAUCACAUCUUGAACAGUGGUGUCGUGACAUGAGACUACAGUAUACUGAUGUGCCAAUCACAUUACAGCCCAUAAUUCAGGCUGCCCACUUGCUACAGGCUCGUAAGCUGGAUGAAGAUGUUCAGCAUGUAUGCAAUAUGUGUGAUAAACUUUCACUGUUGCAGGCCACAUUGCUGAUGGACACAAAAAUCAUGUUCCCAGUAAGAUUUCCUUUUAAUCCAUCAAAAAUCAAGCUUGAAGAUAUAGAAGUACCAGAGGUGUUGAACCUACCAAUGCUAAAAAAAGUUUAA